GGUCUUCAGAGAGAGUGUUAGAGACACUCCACGCACACAGAGAGUUCACAGCAGUCUGACUCUCACUCACUCACUCUCGGUCUCUAUAGAGGAGAACAGCAGGACAAAAUCUUAGGAUACCCACUAAGUCUAGAGUCUUUAACUUUUGGAAGCGAAAGAAGCCAAACCCGAAUGAAGGAUUGUAGCGGCAACUGAAAGGACCAACUUCAUCAUACUUUCUCGAGCUGCGUUUCCAUCUCAUAGCCUAUAGUUUGAGCGUGUAUGCAAUUUAAAUUUUAAGCAACUGGAAGACAAGAAAAAAUACAUAGAACAGCAAAUAACAAAAUUUCAAGACACUUUGUCUCUGGAGGGAUUUUACACUGAAGAACAAGGAUGAGGCGGGUGUUUAGAUGUUAUGGCUUGGUGUUGCUGUUCUUGGGGGUGAUGGGACAGAAACUACCCACCCGCGAUGAAGGUCUCUUUCAGAUGCAGAUCAGAGAUAAAUCUACUUUCCACGACUCCUCUGUCAUGCCCGAUGGAGCUGAGAUCAGUGGAUACCUGUUUAGGGACGCGCCAAAAAGGUACUAUUUUGUAGUGGAGGAAGACAACACUCCCCUCUUGGUGACGGUGACACCUUGUGAUGCUCCGCUCGAGUGGAGAUUGACAUUGCAGGAACUCCCUGAGGACCGCAGCGGAGAAGGAUCAGGUGAGCCGGAGCCAUUGGAGCAGCAAAAACUGCAGGUCACAACCAGUGAAAGUACCGAACUCUUCACCUACAAAGGAAAUGAUGUUGAGUCAUUCAUCUCCACAAGCUCCUCUUCCGGCUUGUACCAGCUGGAAAUCCUCUCAACUGAAAAGGAUAGCAACUUUAAAAUGUAUGGUACUACGACCCCCGAGUCCGACCAGCCCUACCCGGAACUACCUUACGACCCCAGGGUUGAUGUUACAGCGCUGGGUCGUACGACCGUCACACUAGCGUGGAAGCCUACUCCUACUGGCUCUAUAAUGGGUCAGCCGAUCCAGUACUGUGUGGUGAUCAACAAGGAGCACAACUUCAAAAGCUUAUGUGCGGCAGAGGCCAAGAUGAACUUGGAUGAUGGCUUCAUGACCGCUCCAAAACCCGGGAGGGAUUUCAGCCCCUUUGACUUUGCUCAUUUUGGUUUCGUCCCAUCUGAGAAUGAUUUCAGUAAGGAUCGUUCCCUCACCACUAACAGAGCUUUGAACAGCAAACUGAGUCGCACAUAUAUCCCGAAGCCCAAAGUUUCAGACAUACAGAAAAUCUGCAUAGGCAACAAGAAUAUUUUUACAGUGUCAGACCUCAAGCCAGACACACAGUACUACUUUGAUGUGUUCGCGGUCAACACAGGCACCAACAUGAGCACUGCGUACGUGGGCACUUUUGCCCGCACUAAGGAAGAAGUCAAGCAGAAGACCCUGGAGCUCAAGGAUGGAAAAGUCACAGACGUCUUCAUUAAGAGAAAGGGCAGCAAAUUCCUCCGUUUUGCUCCGGUCUCUUCUCACCAGCGCGUGACACUCUUUGUGCACGCCUGUCUGGAUGCAGUACAGGUUCAGGUACGCCGCGAUGGGAAGCUUGUUCUCUCACAGAAUGUGGAGGGCGUUCGUCAGUUCCAACUACGCGGUAAGCCCAAAGCCAAGUAUCUGAUCCGUCUGCGGGGGUCCCGCAAGGGUGCUUCCACUUUGAAAGUGUUGGCCAGUACUCGUGCUGGAGGCAAGCAGCCCUUCCCAGCUUUACCCGAGGAUACCCGCAUCAAGGCUUUCGAUAAGUUGCGUACCUGUUCUUCUGUCACUGUGGCUUGGCUUGGCACGCAGGAGCGCAACAAAUACUGUGUGUACCGACGCGAAGUAGACGAAAGUUAUGGCGAAGAGCAAAGACGCCGGGAGCAGAACCAGUGUGCUGGAACGGAGAAUCGCAGCAAGUCUGAAAAGGUACUUUGCAAGUACUUCCACAGUGCCAACCUGCAGAAGGCCGUUACCACGGAGACCAUAACGGGUCUUGGGGCGGGAAAGAGCUACCUCCUGGAUGUUUAUGUGGUGGGACACAGCGGCCACUCAGUCAAGUAUCAAAGCAAAUUGGUGAAAACAAGGAAGUACUGUUAAAAAAAAAAGAGACUCAGAAGUACAGACUCUGCACAGAAGUAAAUAUAUUAUAUAUAUAAUGAGAAAAAAAGAAGUUUAUUUAACUCGAAGUGAUAUUCUACUAAGGAGAGUUUUGCAGACUGACUUUUUGCGCUUACGCUAAUGGCGCAUGUCUCGCAGUUAUUGAACUGCCUGUAGAGUGAGAUAUCAACCUCUGUAUUUAUGUUUACAUUACCGAGUCGAGUCUGGCGCUCUCAGGCCACCUUAGGCACCUGAAGGUUCUUCUCAGGGGGUGCCAUCGCUGUUGCUAUUUAAAGAGUCCUUGUCCUGCAUCCUCAGUGCCAUGGAAAUAGGAGUUUGGAGCAGUUCUUUUUGGCCACUGCAUGCACCAUUUGUCUGCCUGUCUAUGUUUUCCCUGUUUGUCCGUUUUUGUUCUUAUGGCAGCCAUUGCGGAGGAAGCGCCAGGACUCUUUCUUUUCCCUCUCCCUACUUGUACUCAAAACAUGGUUUAGAAGAUUUAAAUUAUUUCAUACUUCUUAAUGUUUUAUUUUUUUAACUGUUAUUUUUGUUAUUGACGAUAAUUAUUAGUGAUACAAAAGUGUUUUAAAUCUAUAUGAACGUUGACGUUGUUGAAGCGUUUCCCCACUGUCGGUUUGUGUGUGUAUAACUUCACAGUUUGUAAAUCUGGUGUGUGUAAAUGUGUUUCAUCAUAUAUGUGUCACAUGUACAGAUUUUCUCUGCCAAUAUUCAUGUACAUAAACACUAAAUAUAGACAUCUGUAAUCUCA